UCCGGUAUCGGCGUCCCUCCAGUAUUUUUAUCCGGCUGAACUUGUUGAAAGACAUGGCAAGUUCAGAGCUUACGAAAACAUUGUUGUACACCGUCAAUAAUAUUUUACUGCAAGACAAGUACAAGGCAGCACUCGCCGUUUUAAAGGGACUCAGAAAUGGCGUCGUAUAUGGAGCUAAAAUCCGAGCACCGCACGCCCUGGUCAUGACAUUCCUCUUCAAAAGUGGGAGCCUGCAGGACAAACUUCGAGCCAUUCUCCAGGCCACGUACACACAUGCACGCAACCUGGGCUGCUUUGUCUUCACCUACAAGGGACUUCAAGCUCUCCAGGAGAGGAUGCAGGGGAAGAGCCUCCAGUCGCACUCCUUCCUGGCCGCAUGUGUCGGAGGCUGGUUGGUCUUUGGAGACAAUAACAACAUCAACAGCCAGAUAAACAUGUACCUGCUCUCCAGAAUCCUUUUUGCUUUGUCUCGGCUGGCCGUAGAGAAGGGAAUCAUCCCGCAGCCCAAACAAGACCCGUUCCCUCUCUUCGCCACUCUGGUUUGGGGCAUUGCCCUCUGGCUUUUUGAGUAUCACCCACACACCCUGCAGUCGUCUCUGCAGUCAUCCAUGACCUACCUCUACCACGACAGCAACGUGUGGCACGACAUCUCCGACUUCCUCGUGUUUAAUAAACCCAGGACUGCGGCUUCCAAAUAAGUCGUUAAUUUUCUUUCUUUUUCUUUUAAACGGUGAACGGACCAUUAAUAUGUUAUUCCUUAAAUUAUUCAUGUGGACUUCUCAAUCUUCAGUGGAGGAGUUGACAUUAUUCAAUAUGGGCACUUUAAUUUAUGCUUGUUGAGAUUGCGGUUAUGACCAGUGCUCCUGUUGUUCUUUGGGUUCCCAUCCUGUCUGCGGUUCCUGUUCAGGGUCUGCAGUGCGUGUGUGAUCCACAUCGCUGGAUCUCAACUGGUGGGUCAGGACCCAGGGGUGCAUGGUGAACCAAAUGCUAGCACAAAUUAUCUGACCUUUGAACUCAUCAGAAGGAGACACAUUGACACGUGUAAUAUUACAGCAAAAAAAACCAAACCCAUCGGUGUGUAAAAAAAAAAAAAUGAAAUCUUCUCUUAAAUAAAUAAAAUUAAUUCAGAAAUGAAUAAACGUAAAUUGUCUGUCUUGAUUUGGGUCCCUGGUUCUCAUUAAGGGGUGGUGGUGGUGGUCGCAAAGCAGCAAUGUCUCGAAACCGCUGAUCGAAAUUAUGUUUUUGUAGCUCGUAUUGUUGAAAUAUCAACAUCAUUUGUGUCAAAACAGCAGCGCUUCAUUCUUGAAUCCAAAUAUGGCAAAGGCUGUCACACAAUUUGCACUUGGUUCUGCUGGUGUCUUCUUUUUGGCUGAACAAUGGUGUCUUUACAGCAGAGGUGGGCAGUUGAAUUUCCUAAAGGGCCACUUUAUAAACUGUGACUGUUGUGAGGGGCCAUCAUGCCAAGAGAAAGGCGCAGAUGACUGCGACAUGUGACGGAAAAAAAUCUUAAGGAAUGAGGUCGAAAUGAACCAUAAAAGGUUCAAUGGAAGCCAGGAUAUUAAGAAGUGUAAAUAUGACAUUGAACCCUGUCAUAUUAAAAAUAAUUUUAUAUACAUUUUAGUUUAAUUGAAAUCAUAAUAAAAUGAUGAAAUGGCAAUUUAUUUCAAAAUACAUUUUGAAUUUUGAGAAAAUUUUGAGAAAAAUACUAAAAUGAACGAAAAGAAGAAACAAACGUUUAGUGAGGCAUGUGUUAUAUUUAAAUGUUAUAAUGAAUACGGGAUAAAAAAAAAAAAAAGACAAGUUAUAGUUGUAUAGUUUUAGUCUGACCUCAUGAGGGCCGCAAACACACAGACAAAGGGCCGCACUUUGCCCAGGUCUGCAUUACGGUGUGUGAGGGAACAUGGUUGCCGGUAUCUAAAAUGAAUUAAAAGGGGGAGAAAAUGGUGGUGUGAAUACAUCUUACAACCCUAUUCACUGUGUUUUCUUUAUUAUCUCACCCAAAAUUAAAUAAAAAAAUCCCAUUUGACCGAUGCAAUAUUGUUUGAAUGCAUCAUUGCAUAAUAUGGUGACAAAAAGUGUUUUUUUCAAAUAUCUGUUAACAUAUGCUGGAUAUAUAUUUACAUACAUGGAAUAUGACAAAGAAGAUCAAGAACUGUAAUAAUACAAUGAGCAUUGUAAUUACUGUAUUAUGCAUUGUUUUUUUUUUUGUGGCAUACUAUCAAUUACAACAACAUUUUGAAUAAUUUAAUUUAAUGUACAAAUAAUUGAGUGUCCUAGACAACUGACAACCGUGCUGCAGUAAACAAUCCUUUAAAUUGUUCUGUAGAAUUAUGAUUCACUGGUGAUGCAGACAGACAGGAUGUGCUCGUUCUGACGUUUGAGUUCUGAAGUCCUUGGAGUGUUUCAUCACAGACUCUACUGUGGAACUGCAGAACCGUUCCCAGGCCUGCUCUUCUGCCCCGUGUCAUGCUCAAUAGUCCUCAGAGAUGUAAUCUGACAGCACCACAUUUACCCGUGUUUUGAUGUUUUAGACUAAAUGGUAUAGUGUCUGAAAUAUUUGUACGUUUCAUUUUUUCAGUGAACCUGCACAGAACCGACGUCUGGUUAACUUGAUUUUAUGAAGUAUAAAUACACAUUAACUGUACUAACAGUAGGGAACCGACUGUAAAUUGACCGACAAUAAAUGCAUGAAGCCCUUU